UGACCGAAUAAAAGGUAGUUAAAUAAUCAAACACGGCACAGAGCACUCUGUGCUCUAUAUUGCAAUGACGAGCUUUCGCUUCUAAAUUGACUUAAAUAAGUUCGUUCAGCUCCAUUAAUGGCAGCCUCAUCUUCCUCAUCUGAAGAAAAAUAUGUGACACAUCAAGACUGUGAUGGAAUUGUAAGAAAAAGGGCACCUGCAUAUCCAAAAUCGUACGAUGUAUUCAUUAGCCACCGUGGCCCCGAUGUCAAAGAAACUCUGGCUAAACAAAUAUACGAGUCUCUUCGCAAAAGCGGAUACCGGGCGUUUCUUGAUGCUGAAGAAACACAAGGCGGUGAGUGUAUAUCUUGUACCAUUCAAGAUGUCAUCUGCUCGUCUUGCGUUCAAAUCGCCAUCUUUUCCAGAGGAUUUGCAGAGUCCAAGUGGUGUCUGGACGAGCUGGUCCUAAUGUUGCAACAGACGGAGGCGCUGUUUAUUCCUGUGUUCUACCAAGUGGAGCCUUCAGAGCUUCGCCACAUCGAUCAAGGAAGCUAUGCUAAAGCAUUUUCUCAAUUCAAAAGUAAAGGAAGGUAUCUAGACAAGCUGGAGCAGUGGAAAACCGCUCUCCAUUCUGCUUCCCAUUUCGCCGGUUUUGAACUCAAGAAGCAUAACAACAAUCUGUGUCAGAGAAUAGUAGCUGCCGCCGUGAAGGAGAUCCAAAAGAGAAAACCCUUAUAUGUUGCGAAACAUCCGGUGGGACUUACUGAACUCGUAGAAGACUUCGAAAGGAAUUGUGGGCAGGCAGAGGAAGAGGAAGUAAAGUUGGUUGGCAUCUUCGGGUUGGGAGGAUGUGGAAAAACAACCCUGGCAAAGGAGUUCUUCAAUUCUAAGCGUUCAGACUACAACGCAUCAUGUUUUCUUGAUGAUGUGAGAGAAGCAACAAAACAAGGUAAAUUGCAACUCCUCCAAAGUCAGCUUCUUAAAGAACUUCUGGAUGAAGAUCGCAAGUUUGCAAAUAUAACUGAAGGAAUAAACUACCUCAGACAUCGUCUAUCCAAAUGCAGCAGCUCGCACUUCCUUAUCAUCAUAGAUGAUAUUGAUCACCCAGACCAGUUAGAUGCUCUCUUAACUAAAGUUAUGCUGAGUCCUGGUAGUCUGGUAAUUGUCACAACCCGUGACCAGAGGGUGUUAAUACGUGCAGAUAUCAAUAUUUGUUACAAUGUAAAGGGAAUGGAUAUACAUCAUGCCAAUGAGCUCUUCUGUUGGCAUGCUUUCCACCAACCAUAUCCUACUAUUGGCUACGAGGAUUUGGUUCAAAGCUUCGUACAAUUCUGUGGAGGCUUACCCCUCUCCCUCAAAGUUUUGGGUGCCCAUGUUUAUGGUAGUAAUAAGAGUUAUUGGCAGUUAGAAUUGAACAAAGUUAGGAAAAUCCUUCCUCACGAUAUAAUGCAAAGGCUCAAGAUCAGCUUUGACGAUCUAGAUAAUGAGGAGAAACAAAUUUUUAUGGAUAUUGCAUGUUUCUUCCUCAGAACAGAGGGAGAUUUUCAGUUAUUCUCUUCCUCUAGAGAUAAGGAUGUGGCUAUCAGAAUAUGGAAGUGGUCAGGAUGGAGCGCUGAGCAUGCACUCAAAACCCUGCAAGAUAAGUGUCUGGUUGAGCUGCUGGAAGAUGGGGUUCAACAUACUAUGUGGGAGUUAGAAUUUCCAUUCAGAAUGCAUGAUCAUCUUCGUGAUCUGGGAAGACAAAUGGCAGAUGAAUUGGGUCCUCCUCGGCUGUGGCAACACCAAAUUUUAAGAUCUAUGGAAGAAGAAGGAUUCAGAAAACUCCUAGAAGAGACAAAUAGCAGGUGCUUCCAUUCCUUUUGGGACUCAUCCAUGGGUUGUAGGAUUAGAUAUUUUAAAGGAAACUUAAGCAGCAGUGCUGAAAAAUCAAAUGUUCUCCUGUGGCUUCAGCUUGAUGGUGUGUUAAAAAGCAUUCCUUCAUGGAUUCCUCUGUGGCAAUUGCAUGGUUUAACUGUUGAUGGACCUGUAGAACAAUUGUGGAGUAGUCCUCUGCAAAGCAUGAACAGUUUAACUGUUCUGAGACCUCUGGAACAAAUAUGGACCAUUCUUCUGUCCAUGUUGCACGGUUUUAGUGUUAAAGGUCUUCUGGAACAAUUGUGGAGCAUUCCUCAGCAAAAAUUGCAGAUACAGGGAAGCCAAAACACGAAUCAGCACAGUGAUACCCAGGCCAGUUUCCAAUUGAGAGAGCUGGAGCUUAAUAAUUGUCCCUCAUUGCAAAGGCUUCCGGAUUUAAUAGGAAUGUUGAAUCAUUUGGAAGUUCUACAAAUAAAUGAAUCCUUUAAGAUCACAUGCACUGAAGGGAGGUCCUUCUCACAGUCACUUAGAAAGCUCAGCAGUCUUAGAAGAUUGCUAUUGCGUAAUGUCUCAUUAAUUGGGGAAUUGGGUCUGAACAAUAGUAGCGGUUCAACUCACUGUAAGUCUUGUACAAGCAACUGCUUGAAUAGCCUUCAAAUCUUACAUUUUGACAAUUUACCUUUAUCAAAGUUGUUAAUCAGUACAGAGAUUUGUCCCAUUCUUGAAUCACUCAAGCUUUCACGCAUGUAUAAUCUAGCUGAAGUGGACUUAAAGCUGGUAACGACUUUGAAUUUUCUUAGCUUGUAUGAUUGUGGCAAUUUGAAAACAAUAUCAGGGUUAGCUAAUCUGACAGGGCUUGAAAGUUUAUUCAUAGACAGCUGUAAAGGGAUAAGAGAGUUGCCAAGCCUUGCACAUUUACCUUGUCUUGAGCAUAUCAAGAUUAGAGAAUGCAAUGAGCUACAGAGUAUGGCAGGUAUAGAAGAGCUGAAAGGAUUGAAAAGUCUGGUAAUUGAAGUGCAUCACAAUCGAGAUGUAGGUGUAUGGAAUUGCAUUUGUGGACUGAAGAGACUGCCGUCAGAGUUAACCAUUAUACUAAGGGAGGCAGUGGAUGAAGCAGCAUCAAGAUUAAAUGCAAAUUUGUUUUGUGGGCUGAUCGGUGCUGAUGAAGUUGGCGAAAUUCAUAUAAGUGAGAAUGGCAUCCUGGAGGUGUCGCUGGAGAUGCGACCCUCAUUGGCUGUCAUCAAUAUUUGUGUUUUACUUGUGACCUCUAAUCGUGCUUAUCUGGAAGGCAUCGGUCAUACACUUUUACAGGGAGAAUGGUUAGUUACAAUUCUACAUACUGGCGCAAAAGAAAUGUACCAUCAUGGCAAGAAAUUGGAUGACAGUCAGGUUAAAAUCAGAAAUGCUGUUGUGCAUAAGGGGCUUAUAGCUACUGUGAGCAAAGGUGAAGAAUGGAAAGCCUUAAGUGCAUUCAAAAGAAUUAUUGAAAAAUUAUAUCUAUGAGGUACUCCACCGCUCCUGUUUAGAGAUAGUAAUGGUGGCACACAUCCACGUUUAUUUGGAAGACAGUGAUGAAGGUUUGCUUAUUACUAUUCUUAUGUAAUCUUUGCUUCGUAUCCAAUAUCAUCUUUGAUGAAGGUGUAUUUUUUUCACAAUGCCAAUAUUUUUCCCUUAAAAUUGUUCUAAAACAAACAAUUUGCUAUUGAUCGUUAACCUAAAGUUUCUAUUGUUAUAGCUGGAGACAAUUAUUAAUGUUCACAAGUCUGAUCCCAUUAAAGCAUUUAUUCAAUAAUUGCAUGAAGUGGCACAAAUUUCCUGUCAAACAUAUUUAAUGAGGUGGUCUAUAACCACUCCUGCUAUAUGGAGUUCACUCUAAGCUUUGAAUCUGCACGUGAUACAUUUGGAAAUCUAUAUGUGAAAUUGCAUAAGUGGAUGAAUUGAAAUCCAUGUAUCAGAGAGCAUGGAUUGCAUGUACACCAUCCUAUUUGAAAGAACUAGCAGGAAAUUUGAGCUACUUCACAUAAUUCUUUCACAUCGUCCAAAGUUAAAAUUUGAAUCUAAUGUCUUGGCAAGUGCAGGUCAAUUGCAGUGGUUAAAACUGUAUAUUACUUGUUAAUGCUUAUUUAUAUCACACAUUUCCUGAUUUCCAUGAAGGAUUUGUUAAACAAUUCAGGGAAAGCACUGAAGGAUUUCUUAAACAAGGGAGCUCCUGUUGUCGUUCUCAUCAAAUUUUUCAAGGACCAGCUAGGAGUUGAACUUAGGAUCGCUCAUUGGCUACUAGCCUGCUGGGGUGCUCUACCACUGAGCUACCAGCCUUUUUGGUGAUUGGUUCAUCUUUGCUUCGGGUGUGGCUUAUUUUCCAACACCCCCUUGAACCACACAGCAAAUGCUUAGGGAUCUAGCUUGGUCUGGCUCUUCUGACCUGGCCCUCUUGAUGAUUGGUCCGUCUUUGGUUCAAGUAUGGCUCAUUUUCCAAGACUCUAUAUGUAGGCUUUCAUUUACAUUGCAUCAUGUUUUUUAACGGUCCAUGUGCCUGAGAUGUUGUAAUUUCUAAUUCUUUUAACUUCUAUCAUGGGAUUAUGUUUGUCAAUUGUUUUGAAUUAGUUUUAAUAUGGCUAAUGCUGAACCAAGUGCAACGAAUGAAGUUGUAGGCAGUUCUGAUUGCUUGAUUAUCAAGGAGAAUCUACUUGGAGUUAGGCUUAUUUUAGUGCAUUCAUUUACCUUAAUCUUGUAACUUGGUAUUUAUUUGUCUCUAAUUAUGUAGUUUGAGAUGGUGUUAAGGCCAUUUGAAUGCGAGGAUAAUCUAUUUGGUAUGGCCUUUGAAUCUCAAUGGUCCUUGGGUUUUAACCAUUGUUGCUUUUAGGUUUCAGUUGGAGUUAGGACAUUGAUUGAGCUAUUUUAUGUUCCGUACCAGAAAUGUUUCCUGUUAAUCUAAUUUUUGGAGACGAUAGAGGACAUUUUUAAGGUGUCCUCACAUCCCUCAAACAUUUCCAAUCCAGGACAGCCCAAUUUUGGUUGGGUACGCGUCCCUAUGUAACAAAUGUUUGAGAUGUUGAAUGCUCUCCUAUUAUCUAUUCCCUUUCUAAGGAAAAGGGAUUUCCAUGGAGCUGCUACUAGGAAUAUUUUGGUGAAGAAUGGGGUCCCAUGAGAAGGAAUUUUUUUAAUGUUAGAAGAUAAAUUUGAAUUUUAUGCAAGAGAAUAGGAGCCCCUAACUUCUAGAUUUGAAUUUUAAGGGGGCAUAUUUGGGGUUGGUCUGAAAAUUCCCCCCAUAGGCUUCCUAUUAUUUUGCUACCACAUGUCAUUCAUCUAUAAGUUUUUAAAUUUUUGUGGAUAAUUAUUUAGAUCUAUCUAUAUAGUUGUAAAUUUAACUUUC